AUGUAGCCGGAAAAACCUCGAUUUAUUUGGACCUUUUUUGAUUGUUUACCAAUAACAUCUGAACGGUGCAUCCAAGUAUUACAACUUAAUAAAUUGGUUAAAUGGUAUAGUCGAAAUCCACGAUCAAGAAACAAAGAUGAGGCCGUGCAUCCCAUUUCUGCUUGCCGGAUGGUCCAGUCUGGUCUGCACCUCUGGGACGGAGCAGUCCAACAGCUCCCACAUGGAUAGUCUUACAGAGAAAGAAACAAGUUGCCCUUGUGGCUUAUCCAAUAAGGUCAAUCUUAUCAAUGCACUUGGGUUUUAUAAUGUCAUCCAGGAUUUUAUUUCUCAUUUUUAUUUCUAUAGAUAA